AUGUCGUCUCCCAGUCCCAUCCCACCUCCCAACGACCGACGGUCUUCGCGCUCCUCGCGCUCUUCCAGCAAUGCCGCCUGGACAGGCUGGCCCGACGAGCACGACGACAGAAUCAUGGUCGGUGGCCCCCCAAGUAGCCCCUCGCCCCUCGCCGUCCGCGUGUCCAAUUCGCCAUCAACGGCGCGCCGUCACAGCCGAAUCGUCAAAGUACCCCCCGAGUUCGCCAACCUCGAAUACGUCUCCGCGCCCGACAGCAACCUCGUCUGCCUCAUUUGCCAUGCGCCCUUUGAUAGGCCCGUCCAGCUUUCCUGCGAGCACUACUUUUGCCGCGAGUGUCUCGAUCACGCGUGGGCCCCGCAGCCCAGCGGCCGGCGGACGUGUCCUACGUGUCGGCAUGCUGUGGAGACGGACCAUGACAUUCGUCCUGUGCCCAAGAUCAUCGAGACAAUGCUCGACGAGCUGGUGGUCAAGUGUCCCAGCACAAAAGCUGGCUGCAACUGGGUCGACCAGCGCGUCAAUGUUCACGAUCAUGUCAUGCUGUACUGCGAAUACACGCCCGUCGAGUGCUCUGCCGCAGACUGUCGCCUGCAGAUAUCCCAAAAGGAUUUCCACAAGGGCUGCUUGCAUUACACCGUCAGCUGUGACGACUGUCACGCUUCCCUGCUAAAAAAGGACCUCGAGGAGCACCAGCGAAGCCUCUGCGACAAUCGCCUGACCAUGUGCUCGCUGUGUGAAGCUCAAGUCCUCCGUCUAGACCUCAAACCCCACAUCAACAACGACUGCCCCAAACACGUCAUAUCAUGCCAAGGCACAAUCGUAGGCUGCAAGUUCACUGCGGAACGAGUCGAUGUCUUGAAUCACGAAAGCAGCUGCGCAAUGGCGACAAUGGCCCCCCACUUCCGCGAGCAACAAGCCCGUAUCGAGCGCAACGAAGCAAGACUAGAACCCCUGACGCGCAAAGUCGGGAUCCUCGAAGACGGUCUUACAAAUAUUACCAACUAUCUUUAUCCCGCCAAUGGAAACGACGCGAGUUUUCCCGUCACCGAUCCUUUGGAUCCAAACGAUGCGCAGGCUCCUACACCAGACUUCAGACUCCCGCCUGCGUCGUUCCCACCAGCAGGGAGUGAGAACAACAACACCGCACAACCUCCUUUCGACUCGCAGGUCCAUCAUCUGCUUACGCUGCAUGAUAGCCUGCGGGAAGAAGUCAGUCGCAUCGCAAAUGCGCUUACCGACCUCGACGGCCGCACCAACAUGAUGAUUAUAAACGAGAGUCAACGCUCAAAAGACGAAAUGCUGCAUGUCAACGCCGCUAUCAGCAAUAUGCGCAUGCACUUGCAGUGGGUCGUCAGUGCGACGCUGCAGCAGAGGAGUAAUGCUGCCGGCGGCGGUUCCAGGACACCGGGCAGCGGUGCCACGACUGCAGGCGCAAGCGGCGCAAGCAACGGUGCACGAGCGAAUACUGGUGCUAGGCCGGGCAUGGGUGUCGUAGGGUUGACGGGAUUUCGCAGGCUUAGUGACAGUAAUAGGCAGGAUACUAAGCUGUAG